AAAAGAAAAAACACACCUAAAUUGUCUCCUUCUUCCCUCUUCUAAAUAGAACGGCAACACGAAGUCAGAGUUUCCUCCGCUAAACUCACUCCUUCUUCGUCGCGAUGACCAUGGCGACGAACGAGGCUGGUAUGGGGAACACGGUGAUGUGUCUGUUAACAGACCCAGAAGGAACUCAUUUGGGCUCUGCCAUGUAUAUUCCUCAGAGUGCUGGUCCUUUGCAGCUUACUCAGCUCGUCAAUAACUUCCUCAACAACGAGGAGAAGUUACCUUACAGUUUCUAUGUAUCAGACGAAGAGCUUCUUGUACCUGUAGGAACUUACUUGGAGAAAAACAAUGUGUCUGUGGAGAACGUUUUGAAGAUUGUUUAUCAACAACAAGCUGUCUUUCGAAUUCGUCCAGUUAAUCGUUGCUCACAAACAAUUGCUGGUCACGCGGAAGCUGUUCUUUGUGUCUCGUUUAGUCCUGAUGGUAAGCAGUUAGCAAGUGGUUCAGGUGAUACUACUGUCAGGCUUUGGGAUCUCAACACUGAAACUCCAUUGUUUACUUGCAAAGGACAUAGGAAUUGGGUUCUCUCAGUUGCUUGGUCUCCUGAUGGUAAGCAUCUCGUGAGUGGUAGUAAAAGCGGUGAAAUCUGUUGUUGGAAUACAAAGAAAGGAGAACUUGAUGGCAGUCCACUUACGGGUCACAAGAAAUGGAUUACUGGUAUCUCAUGGGAACCAGUCCACCUUAGCUCUCCAUGCCGUCGAUUUGUAACUUCUAGCAAAGAUGGGGAUGCAAGGAUUUGGGAUGUUACACUGAAGAAAUCUUUGAUUUGUCUCAGUGGACACACACUCGCUGUUACUUGUGUCAAAUGGGGAGGAGAUGGGAUUAUUUACACAGGUUCCCAAGAUUGUACGAUAAAGAUGUGGGAGACUACUCAGGGGAAGCUCAUUCGUGAAUUGAAGGGGCAUGGGCAUUGGGUUAACUCCCUUGCAUUGAGCACAGAAUACGUUCUUCGAACAGGAGCUUUUGACCACACUGGAAGACAGUAUCCUCAAAAUGAAGAAAUGAAAAAGGCGCUUGAAAGAUACAACAAAACAAAAGGGGAUUCCCCUGAAAGAUUAGUGUCAGGUUCUGAUGAUUUCACUAUGUUCCUUUGGGAACCAUCUGUUAGCAAACAACCUAAAAAGCGCUUGACCGGUCAUCAACAGCUUGUAAAUCAUGUCUACUUCUCACCUGAUGGGAAAUGGAUUGCAAGUGCUUCCUUCGAUAGAUCUGUUAGGUUAUGGAACGGUAUCACAGGACAGUUCGUCACAGCUUUCCGGGGACAUGUUGGACCUGUGUAUCAGGUCAGCUGGUCUGCAGACAGUAGAAUGCUUUUGAGUGGCAGUAAAGACUCUACUCUCAAGAUAUGGGAAAUUAGGACGAAAACAUUGAAACAAGAUCUUCCUGGUCAUGCAGAUGAGGUUUUCGCUGUGGAUUGGAGUCCAGAUGGUGAGAAAGUAGUCUCGGGUGGUAAAGACAGAGUUUUAAAGCUAUGGAAGGGUUAAAAGAAAUGAGCAUUGUGGAGUUUUUGUUUACUAAACCAAUCAUAUAUUUAUUAUUUACAAAUUUAACUCUUUCAACUUGAUUUGUUUUUGCACUGAGAGGCCGGUUUUGUAUCCCUAUGCUUCUUUAUGAGCUAGUAAAAAAAAAAACUUUGAAAACGUUCAUGCACAUCAUAUGUGUUGUAAUUUGUAAAUAAUUAGUCAAAAACUCAAAAGCCUGGGGUAUAUUUUGGAAAAGAAAAAAAAAGUUUUCAUUCUGUU